CGCGACAUUGCCAGGAUCAGAUAGAUAGACUGCGGCAGUUCGAUCACCGCCCCGCCGACCGCGAUUCCAUGUGAUCCAGCAUCCCUGGCACCCUAAUCUACUCAGCUGCUAGAGCAUGGAGUGUCCAAUGGAUGCCACAGCAAGCGAAGCCUCACUGGUUAUACAGUUCCACAACAUAGUGCAUGAUGCCACCUCACAGUCUCCCCAGCGGGAUCCGGAAGACGAGCACACAAAACGCCAUUUCUCCGGAGAAGAAGCCAUAGGGCAGUUUCCACUAGCUGCUAACCCAUCCAUUCUCCUGCAAUUGCUCUCAUCCUGUGAGCUGGAUCCUAAAGAUCUUGCUGCUCUGGAGGCUACGUGUACAUUCUUCAGGAAUCCAGCAAAGUUCCCACCUGACUUGGAACUAUCACUUCCGGAACUUGCCGCAUUUGAUAUGUGCCAGGAUAGGGCCAUGUUUAAGCUAAUGGGGGAAGAAGAGAAGGAGUGGCUGAAGCAACGGUGUGGGGGAUCUUGGAAGCUUGUUCUUGGAUACAUUUUAGUUGGCGAGAAGAAUUACCGCCGUGGGAAAUCUCAAGUUAGUUCUGGACCAGGCUACAGCAUUGUUGUGACAUCUAAGGGAGACGUGUACUCAUUUGGCGCGAAUUCCUGGGGCCAGCUUGGCCUUGGGGAUAUGGAACACAAAUUCAAGCCAUGCCUUAUCAGGUCUCUGCAAGGCAUCAGAAUCACCCAAGUCGCAGUUGGAUCGAGGCGAACCAUGCUUGUGAGCGACACGGGAAGCGUGUACAAAUUUGGACACAGUACCUUUGGGCCGUUUGAUUACUAUGGAGCAGCUGCUACUAACGAAGUUAGCUGUCCCAAUCCGCAGUUAGUGGAAUCACUGAAGGGCAUCUUUGUAGUGCAAGCAUCUAUAGGAGGAUUCUUCUCCGCGGUUCUGUCUAGAGAGGGUCGGGUUUAUACUUUCUCUUGGGGCCAAGCCGAAAGGGUUGGUCAUGCUACAGAAAUCGCCGAUGUCGAGCCUCGUCUUCUCUCCGGACCCCUUGAGGAUGUUCUAGUCGUGCAGAUUGCUGCUGGAAACUGUUACCUCCUUAUGUUAGCAUAUCAUCCCAAUGGAAUGUCAGUGUACUCUGUGGGUUGUGGUUUAGGAGGCAAGCUUGGGCAUGGGAACACGCGCAACGAGGGCACCCCUCUGCAGAUCGAACAUUUUCAGACAUUCAACAUAAGGCCAAUGUCAAUUUCAGCUGGUGCUUUUCACGCCGCGGUCCUGAGCAGUGACGGGCGCAUUUUCACCUGGGGUUGGGGUGUCCAUGGCUGUCUGGGACGUGGAGCCGAAGAAUACAUGACCCUCCCAACGGCGGUGGAAACCUUGAAGGCCGUCCACGUUUCAGCUGGCUACUACACCACAUUUGUCAUCACCGAUAAUGGUGAAGUCUACACCUUUGGGCAGAAGGGAGUAGGCCUCCAGGAUGGUGAAGACGAUGAGAGUGGAGAUAUCCUGGCUCCCAAACUAGUCACCUCACUCGCUGGGCUAGAGGAAAGUUUUGUGCAGUUUAGCACAACAAAUGCCGGGGAUUGGAUCGACGACAAACUAGUCUAUGCUCAUACGGUUGCUCUCACCAACUCCGGUAAGAUGUACGCCUUUGGAGGAGGUAGCCAGGGUCAGCUUGGUGUCAAGCUUGCCGAGGGCAAAGAAGCCAUGCCCCCGUUCCAGGUUGCCGUUAAUCUCAUCUAG